UGGCCAGGUAAUUUGAGGGUCUAACAAAACAUUAUUCAAGAAGAAAACAAGUGGAGAACAUGGCAGAGAGCAAGGCCAGCAUCAGCUCAAAAGGAGGGGCCAAUGUGCUUACUAAACGGGUGCAGAAACAAUUCAACAGAGCACAGGAGAAGGUGUUGCAGAGGCUUGGCAAAUCUGAGGAGACCAAAGAUGAGCACUUUGAGCAGUGUGUGACGAACCUCCAAUGCCAGCAGAGCGAUGGAUACAGAAUAUACAAGGACCUUAAAGCGUACCUCAACGCUGUCACAGUAAUGAGGGAUGCCUCAGGUCGACUGUUUCAGUCCUUGUUUGAUGCCUAUGAUGAUAAGUGGGACGGCGCAGAGGAUCUUGGGGCAGUUGUGGAGGGAGAAGACCUUCUGUGGAAAGAUUAUGAGGACAAGCUGCAUGAUCAGGCAUUAAUCACAACGGAGUCUUACAUGAGCCAGUUUCCAGAUGUCAGGGAAAAGGUGGCCAAGCGAAACAGGAAACUCGUAGACAAUGAUUCUGCUCGCCAUCACCUGACAGGGCUGCAGAAUGCUAAAAAGAAGGAUGAUAUCAAAAUUGGAAAGGCAGAGGAUGAGAUGAACGCAGCAAAGGUGAUAUUUGAGGACAUGAACAGGGAGCUGAAGCUGGAACUGCCUCUUCUAUUUGACAGUCGCAUUGGAUGCUAUGUCACAGUCUUCCAAGCCAUUUGCAACCUCAGAGACAUCUUCUACAAGGAACUUACCAAGAACAAUGAGGUUCUACAGACUGUGAUGAAAGAGCUGAGCACCCAGUAUCCAGACAAGAGCUUUGUCGUGAAGAACUUCAACCGUGCUGGUUCCUUGAAGAGAAGGUCAUUUAGAGACACGUUGUCCCCAAGAUCACUUAAAAGCUUUUAUGAUUUCCACAUGAGCUACAACCCCAGGGGAUCUCUAAGGAGAGACAACUCAUCUAGUUUUAGGUCUGACAGACCAACAUAUGGGUCAUACAGCCCUAAGCAGACAAGCCCCACCAGCCCUCAACCCCUUUAUGGGAACGUCUCUGGUGCCAAAGAUGCAAAAGGCAGCCCUACAAGAUUAGAUUAUCCUACAGAGGAAGGUCCCUCGCCCCAUGAGCCACAGCCGGAUAACACCUGCUACUCUGAAGAUAAACCAGUGGAGGAAGACAAGAAAGCCAAAAAGAAGUCCUCGCAAGCCUCCGAUCAAGAGACGCCAAACGAGGAGGAGUCUUCUGAGGAGGACAGUGAUGAGAAUGAACUGAAACCAAACUCAAAUAUCGCUGAAAGCGCCAAGAUCAAAGAUCAAAAAUCACCUGAGAAGGUGGGGAGCGAUGGGCCUUCAGGUGUGGAGAAUGGAAUAGCUCGUGACAUUAAAUCAGAUGUGGAACAAGCUGAGGCUUCAAACAAUGCUCUUACCAAGGGUGACCAUCCGUCAGGAGAGGUGAAGGAGGGAGCGACAACAGAGACCCCUAAAUAGCAGACAAAAGAGAAGACACAGAGUUUAUUGGCAAUACACUGGAAUCGGACCCAACAGAGGAUGUAAAAUGCUG